AAAGUCGUCCACAAAUCACCCAAAAAAUCGGUGCGAGCAGUGCGCAUCCAGGUUCCCCAAAAGUGUUUCCGAAUUUUACGUUCGUUUUAUCUAAGUUUUGUACAUAAAAUCGUUACGUAGUGUUACUUCCAAUAUCCGGAAAUGAGUUUCAAAUAUGAAUGCGGAGAUUUCUCACAAUUUCAGGAACAACUGAAGAAAAUGCGGGACCUGGACGAUAAAAUCAUCUACGCGUUGAACACAUCACUACCGACGGAAUCUUUCAAGGGCCAGGUCAAUCCGGAGGCCAAAUGCCGCGAACUGCACAAACAGCUGAACGCGGGCUAUGGAGACCGGCAGGAGGCGAUCAAGAAGUGCAUCCUGGUGUGUGCCGAUAGCGUCAAGCAGUUGAAGGAGAAGCGCGAAGAGAGCCGGGACGAUGUUGCACUAAACAAGCAGUUUAAGACUGAACAAAGGAAGCUACGAUUACUGCAGGCUGAACUCAGCGUCGAAGACAUCAUCCGGGAACGCACACAGAAAACAUUCCGGGAACGAUGCCGUCUGUUCGUAAACUUUGAUACACUGUAGAAAUCAUGGGGCACUGUGUGCGCACCUUAAGCUCAUUUCCGUUUGGGCAGCGAAUCGCAAAGACACAUCAGCUGAAGUCAUCCGCAAUAUUCGAAACCGGGAUACCUACUAAAGAGAGCAUGAGAGAGAGUUUACGCAGCAGGAACGCAUUUACCGAGAACCGAGCCGCCUAGGGGGAAGAAUGGGGUUCGCUCAACGAAUCAAACAGCGAAACGCUGCAAAACAAAGUCUGUUUUUAGUUUUUUUUUGUUAGUAAGAAGAUCGCAAAGUUUUUGAAGAAGAGAAGGUCCGUAAAUUUUUAUUACAUCUGUUAUAGCGUAUAGAAAGCAUACAAACCAAUGGAAACCUCGUGAAUGAAACUUGAAUCGAAAUUCAGUUCCAUUGUAGCAAGUAAAUAUAGAGGAAAAACAAUAAACACUUUGAAAUUGAAAA